AUGACUGUCUUACAUGCUGAGUAUUUGACAAUGUUUCGUAUUUCUUUCUUUCUUUUUAUCUAUCUUUCUAUCUGUUUGUCUACCUUUCUGUCUUUCUUUCUUGUAGUUCUGUAUUUCUUUUUCUUUUUAUCUUUCUUUCUAUCUAUCUAUCUUUCUAUCUUCUUUCUUUCUUUCUUUUAUCUAUUUUUCUUUAUAUCUAUCUUUUUAUCUAUCUAUCUUUCUGUCUGUCUACCUUUCUUUCUUUUUUCUGUAGUUCUGUAUUUCUUUCUUUCUUUUUAUCUUUCUUUCUAUCUAUCUUUCUACCUAUCAUUCUGUCUGUCUUCCGUUCUUUCUUUCUAUAGUUUUGUAUUUCUUUCUUUUUAUCUAUGCUUCUUUCUAUCUUUCAAUCUUUCUUUCUGUAGUUCUGCAUUUCUUUCUUUUAUCUAUAUCUAUCUUUCUUUCUUUCUAUCUUUCUUUAUGUCUACCUUUCUUUCUGUCUUUCUUUCUAAUUCUGUCUAUCUCUCUUUCUUUCUUUCUUUCUACCUUUAUUUCUGUCUUUUGUUGUGUCUUUCUUUCUUAUUUCUCUCUAUCUUUCUUGUCUCUGUCUUUUUUCCUUAA